AUGGUGGAAACCUUCCAGCUUGGUUACAACGAGUCAGCCUCUGACCAGUGCUCCAUUCUUUCUGAUCCUAGCCAAUGUGUUUCAUCUUUCACAUUGGACACCGGCGCAUCUACGUGGUACAACCCAGGCCAACUUCCCUCCGGCUUUCCUGGAACUGCACCUCUCUCAGAUACCACUGAUGCCGGAAGCAUUACCAGUGCUCCUGAUCCGUAUACGUUCUCGAUCUUCCCAAGCUAUAUCACCGUUAUUACCCCGGCUCCAUAUAACAAGAAGAAGGUCGAGACUACAGCCUCGGGAACCACUACCGGAACUGCUACCGGAACUACUACGGCAAAGAGUACUUCUUCACCCAGCACAGGAGCUGCAAAGAAACUUAUUUCGCCUGUCAGUGCCGACUUUAGUAUCUGGGGCCUAGCCAUGUACACGGUUGUCUGCGCUCUCAUUGGUGCAGCGUUAAUCGUAUAG